GUCCAGGCAUUGUUCUCUUUAAUGCGUCAGCCCUGGUGAGCUCGUAUCUGGACAGUUCAGGAGGCAGCACUUCCCAGACGAGCAACCAUUGUGUGUAGACCAACAAGAAUGCCACUGGAUGUUAUGAUUGAAGCGGCGGUGUGCUUUUAUAGCCAUAGCAGCACUUGUUGCAAACCGCACAUGCGAGCAAUCCUCAGGCGAAUCCCCCGCGUAACUCGCGGCAAAUCCACGCUCGAGACUUUUGAACACUUUUAUCGAGAUCUCGAGGCCCUAAGAAAAGCCCGCACAAAAGAUAACAAAGUCGACUUUCUGCAUCUCUUCCAGCUCUUCAGCAACCGGGAGGCCUCCGACAAACCAGACAAGAUAUUUGCACUACUUGGACUCCCUUGUGAUGACGAGAAGCCUAUCGAGGCGAAAUACGGCUACGAUAUUCAAUAUCUAAACCGAAAAGUUAGCCAAAACCUUCUCACACGAAAGAGAGCCCACUUCGCUGUCUGGUACAGAGAUACUUUUUCAAGGCACGAACUUUCUUAUAGGGGCAGGGCAUCUACCAAUAUCAGUUCAACUCCAUCAUGGGUAAAAGAUUUCAGAUAUACUCCUGAUCGCUCCAGCCAGCUUAUGGAGGCGAACCGAAAUGAGAUCCGAAGACUCUAUGUUGCGGCCGUGGAAAGGCAAUCCUCUGUUGGCGUUGUCAACACAGCUGUGCUGUUUAUGGCAGCAAUACAUGUGGAUAUAAUUGCCAGUUCUACCCACGAAUGCACUUCAUUGAAUGAGGAGGGCAUCAAAAAGUACGUAUCACUUGAAUGCGCUAUGCUCAUUCAAUACGGUGAUCGUAAGGAUUGCACCUACAAGGGAGACGGCGAGGACGUCAGAAACGCUUUCCGGAGAACCAUCAUCGGUAACCGCUUAGCAUCACAGUUUCCGCAUCCAUCCAUAGUACAGCCCAGUACUGAGGACCUGGGGCAGCUGAACAUGUCAGUGUUCUUCCCCAAAACUGAAACCGAUCCAAAUAUUCGAGAUCGCCUACUAUCGGAAGUCAAGACCCACAUUUACAAAAAGAAGUUCUUCCAGACCAACAUGGGGUACAUUGGAUUUGGGCCUCCCGACAUGUGCAACGGUGAUGAAGUUUGAAUACCACUUGGUAGCAAUGUCCCGUUUAUUCUAAGACCUGACAGUGGAGACAAUGCUUUUGUACCAGAAAGUCAAACCAGCCUACUUUCUGAUAACAGGAAAAACGUUGCACAACGAUAUCGUCGCGUAAUUGGCGAU